CCCUCAGAGCGCGGAGGCCAUUGGCCGGCGGCAGAGGGGGCGGGACUCCCCGGGAGCCAGCAGCUGGGGCAGGGCUUGCAGAGCGAGACAGGCGCUGGGGAAGGAGAGCCAGCGGAAGGGAGAGCGGCCCCGGCGGAGGGGAUUCACAAGAGUCAGCUGCCAAGAUGGCGCAAUGGAACCAACUUCAGCAGCUGGACACACGGUAUUUGGAGCAGCUCCAUCAACUCUACAGUGACAGCUUUCCAAUGGAAUUGAGGCAGUUCCUUGCACCCUGGAUUGAGAGCCAGGACUGGGCUUAUGCCGCCAGUAAGGAGUCCCAUGCCACACUGGUGUUUCACAACCUCUUGGGAGAAAUUGACCAGCAGUACAGCCGCUUUCUUCAAGAAUCCAAUGUUCUCUAUCAGCACAAUUUGCGCCGGAUCAAGCAAUUUCUGCAGAGCCGGUACCUGGAAAAGCCUAUGGAGAUUGCCCGCAUCGUGGCUCGUUGCCUCUGGGAGGAGAACCGUCUGCUGCAAACAGCAGCAACAGCGGCUCAGCAAGGUGGACAGGCGAACCACCCUACAGCUGCAGUUGUGACAGAGAAGCAGCAGAUGCUGGAGCAACACCUUCAAGAUGUGAGGAAGAGAGUGCAGGACCUCGAGCAAAAGAUGAAGGUGGUAGAAAAUCUCCAGGAUGACUUUGACUUCAACUACAAGACUUUGAAGAGUCAAGGAGACAUGCAGGAUCUGAAUGGCAAUAACCAAUCAGUGACCCGACAAAAGAUGCAGCAGCUGGAGCAAAUGCUGACAGCGCUUGAUCAAAUGCGGAGGGGGAUUGUGAGUGAGCUGGCUGGACUCUUGUCUGCUAUGGAGUAUGUGCAAAAGACACUGGUGGAUGAGGAACUGGCAGACUGGAAAAGGAGGCAACAGAUUGCAUGUAUCGGUGGUCCACCCAAUAUCUGCCUCGAUCGCCUGGAGAAUUGGAUAACAUCACUGGCUGAAUCACAGCUUCAGACACGUCAACAGAUCAAGAAGCUGGAGGAGCUCCAGCAGAAGGUCUCAUACAAAGGUGACCCCAUCGUACAACACCGGCCUUUACUGGAAGAACGCAUUGUGGAAUUGUUCCGUAACCUCAUGAAGAGUGCUUUUGUAGUGGAGCGGCAACCUUGUAUGCCCAUGCAUCCGGAUCGCCCAUUGGUUAUCAAAACAGGGGUACAGUUCACAACAAAAGUGCGAUUGCUGGUUAAGUUUCCAGAGCUCAACUACCAGCUGAAAAUCAAAGUCUGCAUUGACAAGGAUUCUGGUGAAGUGGCUGCCCUUCGGGGAUCCCGAAAGUUUAACAUCCUGGGCACAAACACAAAGGUGAUGAACAUGGAAGAAUCUAACAAUGGUAGCCUCUCUGCAGAAUUCAAGCACUUGACGUUGCGGGAACAAAGAUGCGGUAAUGGUGGAAGAGCAAACUGUGAUGCCUCUCUCAUUGUCACAGAAGAGCUCCAUCUCAUCACCUUUGAGACAGAAGUUUACCACCAAGGGCUGAAGAUUGACCUCGAGACCCACUCGCUUCCUGUAGUGGUGAUCUCCAACAUUUGCCAGAUGCCAAACGCUUGGGCGUCGAUCUUGUGGUACAACAUGCUGACAAACAACCCCAAGAAUGUGAACUUCUUCACCAAACCGCCAAUUGGCACGUGGGACCAGGUUGCAGAGGUGCUUAGCUGGCAGUUCUCCUCAACUACCAAACGAGGACUCAGCAUAGAACAGCUGACAACGCUUGCUGAAAAACUCCUUGGGCCAGGCAUAAAUUAUUCUGGAUGUCAGAUAACUUGGGCAAAGUUCUGUAAGGAGAACAUGGCAGGCAAAGGCUUCUCUUUCUGGGUCUGGCUGGACAACAUCAUUGACCUGGUGAAGAAGUACAUCCUGGCACUCUGGAAUGAAGGAUACAUCAUGGGAUUCAUCAGCAAAGAGCGGGAACGAGCCAUCUUGAGCACAAAACCCCCUGGAACCUUCCUGUUGCGUUUCAGUGAGAGCAGCAAGGAAGGUGGGAUCACCUUCACAUGGGUGGAGAAGGACAUCAGCGGAAAGACCCAAAUCCAGUCAGUGGAGCCAUAUACCAAGCAGCAGCUCAACAGCAUGUCCUUUGCCGAGAUUAUCAUGGGCUACAAGAUCAUGGAUGCCACCAACAUCCUUGUGUCCCCACUUGUUUACUUGUACCCGGAUAUCCCCAAGGAGGAGGCCUUUGGAAAAUACUGUCGCCCUGAGAGCCAGGAACACCCCGAAGCCACUGACCCAGGUACAGGUACUGCUCCAUAUCUGAAGACCAAGUUCAUCUGUGUGACCCCAACAACCUGCAGCAGUACCAUUGAACUGCCCAUGUCUCCCCGCACACUCGAAUCCCUGAUCCCUUUUUGCAGUAAUGGGGAGGGAGCUGAAGGAAAUGCCAGUGGCCAGUUUGAGUCACUGCAAGUCUUCGAUAUGGAGAUGGCUGGCGAUUGUGCCAACUCGCCCAUGUGACUGGCCCAACCAGGGCAACUGACCAGCUCUGGCUUCCUGGCAUGAAACGUCUCCUUCUCUUGCACCACUGUGGAGCCUCCCUCAGCUAGGCUCUGCUCCAGUGGGAGAUGCUUGAUCCUGGUUUCUCUUGUAGCCACUCAAGUGCCUCCUUGCUGGUGGCUCAUUGCCUGAGCCUCUUGGCUUGAGGAAGGGCCCUUCCCUUUAAUGUUAGUAGGGAUUUACCCCCUUCUCCGCAAAAGUAUUUUUCUUUUUAUAUAAAAGUUAGAUUACGGGGUGUCUUAUUUUGCUAGAUCAAGUGCCUCUUCAUACCCACACCCUUGGCAGUACUUCUUGGUCUCCUGUCUUUGUUUGCUUGCAUGCUGUGAAAGGCUUAUUCCUCCAGCUGGUAGUCACAUCCAGAUGUUUUCUCAGUAUUCAAGCAAAAGGUUGUGCUAAAGAGGCAGGCAGAAUGCUCUCUGCUGAGCACAGGGUGGGGAUGGGCAAUAAAUAGGAUUGCUUCUUAAAAAUAAGUGCAAUUUUGUUUUGUACAUUGUUGGUUUUUAAAAUUUCCCAAAUGAACAUAAACCUAAGACAACAGUCCUACAAAGUGAAAUGACUAUGAGUCCACAGAGCCUACAUUGGCUUGGUCACCUUGGACUUUGAAGAUGGUGGGUAACUAGUAUUUGGAAGUAUGUAUUUUUCAAACCCCUAAGCGACUUGAGCCAUACUGAUGGGGAACAGUGGCCAAAAGAAGGAUGCUCAGAUUCAUAACCAUAUAAUACAAAAUUGACUGAGUAAUAUCCCAAGGAUUGACAAGCAUAUUCAUGGCAGAACUAUGAUUGGAAUCCAAGCCAUUCAGCAGAAAGUCCAAAUUUCUAUAUAAUAUUUCUCUCUGCUGUCCCUCGGUCUCUCUUUCUCUUUUUGUCUCUCAUGUAAAGUUUCAGAUCUAGGGGACUCUCAUACUUUUAAGGCUUUGAGUCCAGAUAGCGCAACUAGAAUGAAAUAUAAGAGCCUGGUGGCUGGCAGAUGAGUUGUUGGCAUUUGGUUCUAAUUAAUUUUUGUUCUUAUUAUUUAUUUGCACUUUUAUGUUGCCCUGCCAAGAAACGCAGGACAGCAUACCUGUUUUUUCCUUCCCAAACCCAGGCAUGAAUUCCAUUUUAUUCUCACAACAGCCUUGUGAAGCAGCUUUAGCAAAAGUAAGUGGCCCGUGGUUGUCACAUGAGCUUGGUGGUCAAGUGGAGACUUGAACCUUGUCUCCCAAGUAGGUGUUCACCAUUCUAGUCACCACCCUCCACCACCGCUGUAAAUUAGAAGCAAAAGGAGAGCAUAUUGUAAAGGUGGUGUCUCUUUCGAUAUUCCAAUGCUUUGUUGCUUGAGCUAGCCCAGCUUUUUGCCCAGAAGCCUGUAAAUGUGUUGAAUGACAACUCCCAUAAUCCCCUAAACAGCUGGCUGGGGUUAGAGGAAGUAUAGUCCAAGAUGUCUGGAUAUAUACCCAACUAGUAAACUCUGGGUUAGCCAAUUUUUUUUUCUUCAUUUUAUAUCUGCAGCUAUACUGAAGACAUUCUCUGCCCAGUCUUUGUGUUCAGAUCCAUGGCGUUCUCUGUUAUGCCCGUUUCCAUGAUUUGUGGUUCAGUAGUUUAACUCUAGUUGUAACCAGUACUGUGAUAUUAGCACUGGUGUUAGGAACAGAGAAUCUGGAUGCUCUUGGUCUUAUUGUUUUAGUUAUUGGGCUUCAGAUUGCUAUUCCCAUAUGUCUAUGGAAGAGAGUGAUAAAACAAGUUUUUCCUCAGUAUUACUUAGAGGCACGGGCCAUGCUUACUCAGGGUUUCUGGGAGUUAUAGUCCAGCACACCUGGACAGCACCAAAUGUGGGUAGGCUGCUAUAGGGUCUCUAGCUAGUAUACAGUUGCACUGGUUGCUUCUAACCAAAUAGCUUAUUUAUGCCAAAUUCCAUUUUGCAUCAUUCUUCUCUUUGCUCCUUCCCACAUCAUUUUCCUGUUUCUGUAUAGCUAACUGCUCUUAGGAGUAUAACAGUUUAAUUUGUUUUGUAUAUUUUAUUGCUGUAUCUACAGGCCCCACUUUCUCUUAAAUAAAGUCUAAUAUCAUAUUUCUCUG